AUGCCAGGCAUUGCAAAAAUGUCUCUGGACAAUAUGUUUUGUACCCGCUGUGGGGAUGGCUUUGAGCCUAAUGAAAAGAUUGUCAAUUCUAAUGGAGAACUUUGGCAUACCAACUGUUUUGUAUGUGCUCAAUGUUUUCGCGUUUUCCCUGAGGGCGUGUUCUACGAGUUUGAAGGACGUAAAUAUUGUGAACGAGACUUUCAAGUACUUUUCGCGCCGUGUUGUGGAAAAUGUGGCGAGUUCGUGAUAGGUCGGGUGAUAAAGGCGAUGAACGCCAAUUGGCACCCGGCCUGCUUCCGCUGCGAGGAGUGCAGCGCGGAGCUGGCAGACGCCGGCUUCAUCAAGCACGCGGGCCGCGCUCUCUGCCACGCCUGCAACGCGCGCAUCAAGGCCGACGGGCUGCAGAACUACAUCUGCCACAAGUGCCACGGCGUGAUCGACGGCGAGCCGCUGCGCUACCGCGGCGAGGUGUACCACGGGUACCACUUCAUGUGCGCGACCUGCGGCGUAGAACUCGAUCACACGGCGCGCGAGGUCAAGCACCGCCCCGGGUACGCCGCCAACGACGUGAACAACCUCUUCUGCUUGCGCUGUCAUGACAAAAUGGGCAUACCAAUAUGCGGUGCGUGCCGUCGCCCAAUAGAGGAGAGGAUCGUCACCGCCCUCGGAAAGCAUUGGCAUGUUGAGCAUUUCGUUUGCGCCAAGUGCGAGAAACCGUUCCACGGGCACCGUCACUACGAGAAAAAGGGCCUCGCGUACUGCGAACAACAUUACCAUCAACUUUUCGGUAACCUCUGCUACGUGUGCAAUCAGGUCAUCGCUGGCGAUGUUUUCACUGCGCUGAACAAGGCCUGGUGCGUCCAUCACUUCGCAUGCGCCGUAUGCGACACGGCAUUAAGCACUCGUAGCAAGUUCUACGAGUACGACGAGCGACCAGCUUGCCGACGUUGCUACGAGCGCUUCCCGCAGGAGCUACGGCGGCGUCUACGCCGGGCUCACCACUAUACGCCACGCAGAAAU